AUGCCAUGCAUUAGUCAACUUUUUACACGAAAAUGGGGUAGAAAAGAGCACCAUAGUUUUUGUAAGAGUCCAUGUAGUGCUACAAUUGUAUUAGACGGUCAUCAGAAAGCAACGCGAAGAGUUUGUGCAAUUAAAAAUAGCACAGUUCCUAGUAUUGACGGAUCUAUUCGAAAUAUAAAGGUAGGAUGUUCGGCUACUCCAGCUUACAAAAGUAAAAAAUGUCAGAUACAUUCUUCAACUGAGGAAAGUAGUAGUAGUAACAAUAAUAGCAACAGUAAAUCGCAGCCGUCAAGCACACGAGAGUCACGGAUUCGUCACUACGUUCGUGGGCGAUGGGGAUCUCAAAAACCUCAAUUUAAUCUUCGUUGUAAAACUUUAAAAUCCUUACAGUAUAAACGUAUUUUACAUCGCACUUCUGGUAUAAUAGCCGCAGCAUAUAAUUGUGGAUUCAUUUGUAGUCUGCAUGAGUUAUUCGGAUGCGAAUCUAUCACACAAUUUAUGACGAUGCUUGUCACCUAA